UAAUAUGCAUAUUUUUUAGUUUCUGUAGUAAAAACUUCGAUACUUAUCUUUCGAUAUAAAUACACGCCAGACUAGACUAGUGCCAGGCUCAAGUUAGUUAUGGCUUUUAUUAUUCGAAGAUUUUAUUCAUCAGUUAUUGAAAAGACUGUUUUGAUAUCAAGAUCGACAGAUGUAUUUGAAAACCUUGCCUUGGAACACUGGUACUACCGACAUUCAGACUUCACCAAUAAAUCUAUGUUGCUAUUGUGGGUAAACAGUAACUGUGUUGUAAUUGGCCGCCAUCAAAAUCCUUGGUUGGAAGUAAAUUUUGAUCCAACUAUUGACCUACGGAUAGCAAGAAGAAAUAGUGGUGGUGGAACAGUAUUUCAUGAUAAUGAAAAUCUCAAUAUGACUUUUUUCACGAACAGAGACAUUUAUAACAGGAAACAAAAUUUAGAGCUUAUUGUUGAAACAUUAAAAAAUGAAUGGAAUGUUGUAACAGAAAUUAAUAAACGAGAAGAUAUUGUAAUAGAUAAUAUGUACAAAAUAUCUGGCACAGCUUCCAAGUUGGGAAGACCUAAUGCAUACCACCAUUGUACAUUAUUAGUAAAUUGCAAUCGAGAAUUUAUGUCAAAUUUAUUAAGAAAACAUGAAAAAAAUAUUGAAACCAAUGCCACUGUUAGUGUAACAUCAGAUGUAUUGAAUUUGACACAAAUUAAUAACAAAGUGUGUAUCAAUAGAUUAAUGACUGCUGUUGGUUUACAAUACCUGAAAACAGUAGGCAAUACAACAACAAUAAAUCAAGGAUUUAAUUAUGUAACACCAAACGAACAAACAUUCCCUGGUUUUAAUGAAAUAAAAAAUGAAAUGGAGAGCUGGGAAUGGAUAUAUGGACGAACGCCAAAGUUUAAUAUAACUGUUAAAUGUAAUGAAAAAUCUGUUGUUUUAUCUGUAAAAAAUGGUAUCAUUGAAAAUUUUACUACAGCCUGUAAUGUAAGUUUGAACAACUUAGUUAAUGAAAAAUUUAAUAUGAAUAUAGUGGAAGAGAUAAAACAACAUUUGAAAACCAUUGAUAUGUAAUUUUAUAGUAUAACUGUUUUAUUUUUAUAUUAGAUAAUUACUGUAGUAAAAAUAUAAUAUAUUGUGUUAAUUUAUGUUAUGAUUAAAUAUUAAAAUUAAUGAUUAAUUAUUAGACACAAUGUGAUUCGUUAUCUUUUCCAUUGUACAGUUUGAUAUUUCAUAAGAACAAUUUAAUUUUUCUUUUGUUUAGAUUCUUGAGCCUUGAAUGCAUUACACCUAGUGGGCAACCAAAUACGUGUUUGGUUUUUGUUUAUUUUAGUGAAAUGUAUAAUGUCACUAAAAAAAAGUAUGCAAUGACCUAUUAUACAUAUUGUAUGGCAAUCGUGUUUUCUCUUUAAAAUAAUGAUAAUUAAAUAUUUUAUCAUUAAAUUUAAAUUGUAUGUGUUAAAAUAAAUGUAAAAACUAAUGAACAUUCAUGUUGUAUGGUAAAUAAUCAUCGAGUAUAGUAAAUAAUAAUGGUACAUAGUAAUUAAAAUUUAAAG